AUGUCUCAACCUGAAAGAAGCGAUUACGUAAAAUUUCGCGGAGUUACAAAAAGUUUCAUGGCCAUCUGUGGACUAUGGCAUUAUGAAACUACAAGUUUGUUUUAUCGACUAAUACCGUACGAACAAAUAGUGUUAAUUGUAACUCUAAUAAUGGCAAUACUAAAAUUAAUCUAUGAGAAUCACUCAAAUUUGCUUUUUGUCGUAAAAAGCUUAAAUUUUGCGACCAGUUAUGUGUUUACUUGUUUCAAGGUGUUAAGUUUUAUUUUAAAUAAAGAAAAUUUAAAAAAUCUUCAAAAAGCUCUCGACCUUAACUUCGAUGAUAUGUUAGAAGAUUCUAAAAUAUCAAAGCUCAUUCUAAAAAAUAUCAGUAUCUUUAAAUCUAUUUCAUUAACUUAUGCAAUGAGUGUUAUUCUCACUACGACCUGUUACAUAAGCAUACCUGUAUCUAUCAUUUCAUACGCAAGUUAUCAUAAAAUUAAUUUAACUCAAUAUCCUAUGCUAUACCCAGCUAGUUAUAUUUGGAAGAGGCCAGCGAAAGGAUUAUUCUAUCAACUUAAUUUUUCACUCGAAAUUAUCACUGCAGCGACUAUAACAGCGAUCACGAUAAGCAUCGAUACCAUGUUCAUGUUGUACGUUUUCCAAAUGAUUGGGCAGUUACGUAAAAUUUCAUACUAUGUUACGUAUACUGGCGAAAAAAGCGACCAAAAUCAUGCAUUAUCGACUUAUGUUUCUCAAUAUGUGAAUUUGAUUAAAUAUAAGGAUUCGUUUGAAAAAGUUUAUGGUCCAAUAAUUCUGAUACUGCUAACCACUAAUGCAGUUGUUCUUUGUACAUUAUUAUUCCAAUUAACACACGUAUGUUUUUCUACUAAAUCAAUCAUUCAAGGACUAUCAUAUCUGUUAUACCUGAUACUAAAGGUAAUUCAAACGUUUAUGUACUCAUGGAGCGGUUCAUGUUUAACAGAAGAGAGUGAAAAGUGUCAAUAUGCGGUGUUUUCUGCAAAUUGGUUCGGAAACAAAAAAAUGAUGAGUUCAAUAGUCAUCAUACUUUCACAGCGACCUUUAUUAUUGACUGCAUGCAAUUUUGCAACUGUUAAUGUCCCAAUUUUUAUAUUACAAACAUCGAUGUCAUACUUUUUUCUUUUACAAACAAUUGAAGAGCAUAAU